AUGCACCCUACAAGAGUGUUCCAGAGGGCAAUAGAGGAGUUCACUGCUCACAAAGAGUCUCUCACAUCAUCAAGAGGAGACCAUGAGAAGGCACCAGUAGUCAUCCAAAGGUGGAAGAAGCCUGAGAAGAACUGGUUCAAACUUAAUUGGGAUGCAACAGCCAAAGAAAAGGAGGGGCGCAUUGGCAUAGGUGUAAUUGUCAGAGAUUUUCAAGGACAAAUUAUAGGUACCCUCCGUGCCCAAAGGCCUCUCAAAGGUUGUUCCUCGGAUGCUGAAGCUUAUGGACUACUUGUGGCUACAAUUUUUUGCAAAGAACUUGGUCUGGAACAUGUCUGUCUAGAGGGUGAUUCAAAGCAUGUAGUGGACUUGUUGUUAAGCGAAGGUCUGGACUGGAGCUUGGGAGGCUGCCUGGUUGAAGAUGCAUGA